AUGGAGGUGGUGAAAAGCAAAAAGUAUGGAGCUCAUAUUGUGGCUCUUCCUUAUCCAAGCCAAGGCCACAUAAACCCUAUGCUUCAGUUCUGCAAACGUUUAGUUUCCAAAGGUCUAAAAACCACUUUAGCCAUCACAAACUUCAUCUCUCAUUCCAUGUGUCCAAAUUCUGAUACCGUUGUAAUCGACACGAUUUCCGAUGGCUUCGACAAAGGCGGCUAUGCUGAAGCCAAAAGCAACGAAGCCUAUCUCGAAGGCUUCAAGAAAAACGGCUCGAAAACGCUAGCCAAUCUUGUGAAGAAGUAUGAAAAAACGGAGUUCCCUAUAACUUGCAUUAUUUAUGAUGCGUUCAUGCCAUGGGCUUUAGAUGUAGCUAAAGAGCAUGGCUUAAUUGGAGCAUGUUUUUUCACUCAAGCUUGUGCUGUGAACUAUAUUUACUAUUAUGUUCAUCAUAAAAAAUUGUUGUUGCCCGUUUCUUCACCUAAGGUGAAGAUUCCGGGAUUGCCAGAGCUCGAACCUCGAGAUAUGCCAUCGUUCAUUCAUGCAUAUGGUACAUAUCCAGCUUAUUUUGAGAUGGUGUUGAAUCAGUAUACAAAUGUGGAGAAAGCUGAGUAUGUAUUUGUGAACUCAUUCUACAAGUUGGAGGUAGAGGCAACAGACAUAAUGUCAAAAGUCACCCAAUUAUCGACCAUAGGCCCAACAUUGCCAUCUUUCUAUUUGGACAAUAGAGUGGAAAAUGAUAUUGAAUAUGGUCUCAAUCUAUUCCAAGUGGAUGCUUCUACAUGUAUCAACUGGCUAAAUACUAAACCAGACGGAUCUGUUGUUUAUGCAGCUUUUGGUAGCAUGUCCACCUUUUGUGAAAAACAAAUGGAAGAAAUUGCUUGGGGUUUGAAAGCAACCAAUAGCUACUUCUUAUGGGUGGUUAGGACUUGUGAUGAAGAAAAAAUUCCCAAAAGGUUCAUCGACGAAACGGCUGAGAAAGGAUUAGUGAUAAAAUGGAGUCCACAACUACAAGUCUUAUCUAAUAAAGCAAUUGGAUGUUUUUUCUCACACGGUGGAUGGAAUUCGACACUCGAAGCAUUGAGUUUGGGAGUGCCAAUGGCGGUAAUGCCAUUAUGGAGUGAUCAAACGACAAACGCGAAAUUAGUACAAGAUGUUUGGAGUGUAGGGGUGAGAGUUAAAGUUAGUGAGAAAGGGAUUGUUGGAAGAGAAGAAAUCGAGGAAUGUGUAAAGACUGUGUUACAAGGAGAGAAAGGGAAAGAAAUGAAGAAGAAUGCCCAGAAAUGGAAGGAUUUGGCUAAGGAUGCGGUUAAUGAAGGUGGAACGUCUGAUAAAAAUAUUGAAGAAUUUGUAUCAAGCUGCACUAGAUCAUCAGAUAAUGUUCAUUGA